GGCAGGUGAUUGAAAAAAAUGGUCACGCGCGAAUUCCGUCACUCGGGGCAUGUAGAAGUCCUGGGCAAGGAUUUGUGGGGAUUGCGAAACCUGAAUGUGACCACAGACGCACGCCUCAUGAGUGGCACAGAAUGUUUUCCAGUCCACAGUUGCGUUCUAGCCUGCAAUUCUCCGUAUUUGGAACACUUUUUCCAAACCCAAACGUCGACGAACCCGGUGUUCGUGUUGCCCAACGCAGAACCGAAAUCUGUCAUGCACCUUUUAGAAUUCAUGUAUACGGGCGAAACUCGAGUAGAAGUGGAUCAGCUGGCUGAAUUUGGUGAAUUGGCAAACCUGCUGGAUGUUCGAAUAUUGAAAGAACUGUGGCCACUGGAAUCGAUCGAGGUUAAAAAAGAGAUUAGCGAUGCUGAAGAUAUGAACAUGACCUCAUCACCGCCGCCGAAGAACCGGCCCAGGGGUGGGCCAAAGAGCAAGCGGAACCCCGUAGAUUUUUAUCCAGGAGAGGAUUCGAGUGUGGAUUUCGACGUUCUCGAGAACACUGCCGAGGUUUCUACGUUGGCGUCAAGCAGUUCUAAUGCGGACCAUGAUAUAUUAGCAGCGUUUGCUAAAUCAUCUGAAAAUGAAGUCGCUGUACCAGAUGACAUGAAAUUUUUGUAUAGUGAAGAAUCUGCUGCUGUCGCAGUUCCGGUGGACAGAUUGGCUAUGGAUGUUCCCCCUCAAUUUGACGUGGUGAGGAAACCGUCUCAAAAAUUGGCUUUGCGUAUCUAUAAUCAGCUUGAGAAGGAGAAUUACAUCUAUAUGGAAAUCAUGAAGACUCAAAAAGGAUAUUACAAAUUAGCCUAUAAAGGUUACGUCUACCGCAAGCACAAAAAUUAUGUUGAUCGGGUAUCAUGGCGUUGUGAGCAGCGGAACUGCAAAGGACGUGCUACAACACCCAUGGAUUUCGAAGAAUAUCAAGGAAGAGAUGUUGUUACGGUAACUCAACUACAUUCACACCCUGCUUCAGCAGUUAGAGUCGAAGUGCUUAUGGCCCGAACGAAAGCUUUAAAUGCUGCGACAGGAGACCAAGCUCCCGAGGAAAUUGUUGCCAAUGCAGUUGCGGGUCUUUCUGAAGAAGCACUCAGUGAAAUUGGCUCAGGCCGGGGUUUCAUUCAGGCAAUUAAACGCAAGAGGAAAUUAAUGCAGGGCCCAGCUUGUGAGGAGGGAUUCAGUACUGCAGCAUCAACUGACGAUACCAAUGCUGUGAUGAGAUGCGUGAAUCCCAAAGGAAAGAUGAUCCUGUAG